GAUCUUAAUAAGUCCAACACCUCACCACCUUUAGUUUAGAAGUCCUUUCACUGUGUAACCGUGGUGUUUAUCUCCAUCAUCGAAGAAUAUCCAGUCGUCAUGAAAACCGCUCACAUCCUCCUGCUCUGCAUCCUGGGAGCUGCACUGUUAUCUCCAGUGCUCUGCAACAAUUCCCUUGGUCCUGAUGACUGCUGCUUCACCUACUACACAAGAAGAAUACGGAAGGACUUGAUCAAAUCAUAUUACAUGACUGAUAACCGCUGCCCCAAGACUGCAGCCAUUUUGGUGACAGCAAGGUCUCGUCACAUCUGCGUGGAUCCGAGUGAAACCUGGGUUGCGGGCAUCAUGAAACACCUGGACGAGGGGUCCUUUUAAACCUGCUGCCUGCUUCUCCGUGAUGACGCCAUUACUUCUUCUGCUUCUUCAUUUACUAUUGCAGCGCAUUUAAGCGUGAGUUCGUUCAUUAACCUGCAGCUCAGUUAGUCAUCAGAGAUUUUUUUUUUUUCUUUCAGUCAUUUUGAACCUGAACUGACUCACUGACAAAAAGUGUUUUUUGUGUGUGUAAUGUUUCUUGGAUGCUUUGUAAUAUCCUCCCUUGUAAACCUCAUGCAAAUACAAAUAUGAGUGCUGUGAAA